GGUCACUUGGGGCCUGUCAAUGCUAUAGCCUUCUCCCCCGAUGGAAAGGUGGUCGCGUCUGGCUCUGCUGAUUCUAAAUGCAGGCUAUGGAAUUUAGAGUCGGGAGAAUUGGAAUGCGAGCUCAGCCACGCGGGCAGCGUCAAUUCUCUCGCCUUCUCUUCGGACGGGCGGUUGCUCGUGUCUGGCUCCUCUGAUCGUACCAUCAAGGUGUGGCUGGCCGGGACUGGGGAGCUGCUCAAAGAGCUAGAAGGACACACCAAGGCGGUCAGAGCCGUGGCUUUCUCGCGCGAUGCAAGUGUCGUCGUAUCCGGCUCUGAGGACCGCGCGGUUAUGGUAUGGAACGUCGAGUCCAGGCAGCCGUUACGAGAGCCCAUAUGGUGUCCCGAUACCCUUGUGGGUCACUGGGUAGCAGUAACCGCGGUGGCAUUCUCGAUGGAUGGGCGGAAGAUUGCGUCGGCUUCGGCGGAUAGAACAAUCAGGCUGUGGCAUAGCGACUCUGGCCAGCUCUUGAGAGAGCUUAAGGGCCAUGAUGGGGAAGUUACCUCUAUCGCAUUUUCGCUGGAUGGAAAGACGAUUGCCUCUGCGUCCUCAGACAAGACAGUCCGGUUUUGGGAU